ACUUACAUCCUCCAAAAAAAAUUCAUUAAUCGCUCCUCUUUCCAGCUUAUUAGUUCGUUGGCAAACCACUCUGAAUAACCAUUUUUGGCUGCCCCUGUUUUUCCUGACUCUACAUGUUUGUCUCUAUUUUCCAGGUCGAGUUUUGGUUCGCCCAUGUCGUAUGGCAAUUCAGCCCUCCUCUGUAGUUAGAUAACCCAUGAGACAAUUGUAAGGCUAGGAAGAGAGGAAAAGAACACACGGGAAAGAAUGUUGGAAUACAUCUCCUUCACCUUCAUCUCCACCUCCAUCCUCUUCUUCUUCCUCCUCAAAUCCCGUCCGGCAAACAAAAACCCAUAUCCAGGAUCCUACCCUGUAAUCGGAAACAUCAACAGCUUCCUCCGGAACUUCCACCGGUUCCACGACUGGGUCACGGAGAUGCUCCACCGCACGCCGUCGGCGUCGGUUCAAGUCAACUCCUUACUCAACAUCUCCACCGGUGUCUGCACUUCGAAUCCAGACAACAUCCAGCACAUGCUGACUUCCCCAAACGUCUUCAGCUACAUCAAGGGCUCCCGCUUCCACGCUGUCCUCCACGACCUCCUCGGCGACGGCAUCUUCAACGCCGACGGCCAGAUCUGGGCCGUCCAGCGCAAAAUCGCCAGCAACGAGUUCUCCACCAGGUCGCUAAAACUGUUUGUGUCGGAAGUGGUGGACUCGGAGAUCUCCGAAAACUUGCUUCCCUUUCUGUCCGAAGCAGAGGAGGAAAACAGGGGUUUCGAUCUUCAGCAGGUGUUGAAUAAAUUCGCUUUCAGAAGCAUUUGCAGAGUUGGGUUCGGUGUGGAUCCUGAAUUGUUUGUCCAGGAUCUCGAUUUCAUGAAAGCAUUCGACUACGCGGUGGAGACUUGCUUCUCGAGGUUCACCUCCCCUGUUCCUCUGUUUUGGAAGCUCAAGAGGUUUCUCAAUCUCGGGUCGGAGAGGCGGUUCAAAGAGUCGGUCAACACGAUCAACGAUUUUUCUCAGUCAUUGAAUUGAAUCAAAAGAAAUCGAAAGCCAGAACCAUCAAGAUCUGCUGGCGAGAUUCAUGGUUUGGAGCUCGUCAAUGGAGUUCGAAGGCGAAAAACAGAGGCACAACGAACUAAUAAGCUGGAAAGAGGAGCGAUUAAUGAAUUUUUUUGGGGAGGAUGUAAGUUUAUUUUUAUUAUUAUUUUUAAUAGUUGUAAAAUGAGGUGGAAAUUGUAAAUAUUUAAAUUUAAUUUUUUUAUUAUUUUUUUAUUGGCCACGUCACUCAUUUAACGGUCAACUAUAAUAGUUGACUGCCACAUCAGCGAAAACUAACGGAGACUAACGGAGAGUGACCAAACUUGAACUAUUGAACUAAUCUUAGUGACCAUGAAUGGAAUUAAAUAUUUUCAGUGACCAAACAUGAACUGUUUUAGUAAACCCAGUGACCAUCCUUGCAAUUAACCCUAGAAUAAAGUUACUGAUAAUAA